UCCACCGCGAACCGACGUAGCUUUUGCCGCGUACGAUCCGCAACCAUAUAGUAUAUAGUUUGUACACAUUGCAGCGUCGUGCGUUAUAUUACGGAAGGAGUGUGUGUAUUAUAUUAGUAUAUGGACGUCGUCUCGAAACUGGGCGGCGGUCGCGUUGCGCGCCUGAGACUACGUGCGUGAAUCAAUUGAUCGAGAUCGCCAUGCCGCUGCUCCUUUUUUACUGAAGCGAAAGAUCGCGUGUGACUCGAGUCUCGCCGUUCGUGAGUGUGCGCGUGUGUUGGUGCGCUUAUCGUCUUUUCAUUGAUCAAAGUUUAAGAAGGACGAGUGAUAACCGAUAAUACAGAGAGAAUAGUAUACAGACAUAAACAAAGCAACCGCACGCCGCGAUCAUCAUGAAUCGGUGCCUGCUAAUCGCCGCGGCGGCGGUCUACCUGUUGGGCGUAGUCACUAUAACCGGCGUCGUCGAGGCUGCCACCGACUACAGCAAAUACACCGACGAGCAGAUACAGCCUGACUGGUACUCUCGCGAUGCCUUCGAUGAGAUCCGAGCGAAAAUGGACAAAGUCACCGCGGACAAUUGCGCGAUACAGCACCUCGACGAUCUGUACCUGCCCGAGGACGCCGUGUCGCAUCUGCCUGACAUCAAGGAGUUCAACAUCAAUCCGAUCUUUCCCAAUAGGACCGCCUUGCUGCAUCUUCAUAACAUGGCCCUCACCAGGAGUUUUUACUGGAGUUACAUACUGCAGUCGAGAAAUUACAAACCACCCAUCAAUGAUACCUAUGAUCCUGGCAUGAUGUAUUAUUUCUUGUCCACUGUGGCUGAUGUCUCUGCCAAUCCCUACAUCAAUGCCUCUGCUGUUUACUUUGCCCCCAAUAUGAGUUUUUCAUCAUCUUACAGAGGAUUCUUCAAUAAAACAUUGCCUAGAUUUGCACCUAGGACUUUUAGGCUCGAUGAUUUCAAUGAUCCUGUGCAUCUAGAGAGAAUAUCUACAAGAAAUACAUUUUCAGUAUCUGAUCUGGGUGCUUUCCCAUCCAGUCAGUUGAGUAAGGAUUAUACAACCGACUAUUACAGAAUUAAUGAAUGGUACAAAAAGUGGUUACCAGAUAACGUUGAAAGGCAUGAUACUAAAAUAACGUAUCAAGUAGAAAUUAGAUAUGCAAACAAUACCAAUAUAACACACACAUUCCAUGGGCCACGAGGUGCUCAUGAGGAGGGUGGGCCAGUAAAGUGGAUAAGACCCUACUUUGAUUGUGGACGUUCAAACCGUUGGCUUUUCGCAGCUGUUGUGCCAAUAGUAGACUUGUACCCUCGUUAUACAGGAUUCAGGCACAUUGAAAUACCCAGAUAUACGGCCGUAUCAGUAAUCGAAAUGGACUUUGAUCGUAUUGAUAUUAAUCAGUGUCCUAAAGGCGAAGGUAAUAGAGGACCUAAUCGAUUUGCAAAUACAGCCAGAUGCAAAGUUCAAACAACCGAGUGCGAGCCGUUGCAUGGAUGGGGAUUCCGACGUGGUGGUUACAUGUGUAGGUGUAAGCCUGGAUGGCGAUUGCCGUUCGUUGUCCGGCGACCUUACCUUGGUGAGAUUAUCGAAAGAGCCUCGCACGAGCAGUAUUACAACGGAUUCGAAUGUUCCAAAAUCGGCUGGAUUCAAAAGAGACCCGCUGAAUUGAACGAGCCCUCACCUUAUAUGAGACAAAAGUAUCUCGAACAAUACUACGAGUACCAGAAUUAUUCCACAGGACCAGCAUCACUUCACGAUUCCAAGAUAAAUAUCGAUCAAGUACUGAAAUUCAUCAACCACGUUCACAAAGAUAACUGUCAUAAGUACACACCGGAGCAGUUGAAAUUAUCUGGAAACAUUGCCUUCGGCGUCGAGGAGUUUUACGAGAACGAAGCGAAAAUGGCAGCUCGUCUCGCCAACUUCAUCAGCUCGUUCCUGCAGGUAUCCGAUCCUGAGGAGGUUUAUUCGGGCAAGCGCAUCGCCGAUAAGCCAUUGAACGAAGAUCAGAUGAUAGCCGAGGUCGUUGCGUUGGCGUUCGGUAACGCGAGAAUCUGGUCAGCCGGUGUUUACUGGGAUCGUAACAAGUUCACGAAUCGUACCUACUUCGCUCCCUAUGCUUACAAGGAAGAAAGAAAUGCAUUGAAAUUGAAGGUGGAGGAUCUCGCUAGGCUUAAUACCACCGAGGAACUUUACACGAAAAAUGAAUGGUUCCAAAUUUUGAAGAAAAGAUGGGCAGCCAAUUACGAUCAUCUUGAAAAAUAUUUCCUCAAAAUGAUGGUGCGUUACAACGAGACCGGUGAAUCACUGAAAAAAUAUGAGCACUAUCCAACGUUCUACAGAGCGGCAAACCUGAAUGACGGCUACUGGACCGUCCCUUACUUCGAUUGUAACGGCAAAGUGAAGAAAUGGUUAAUUACCUAUGCAUCCCCCUUUUUCGGCUGGGACAACAUCAAAGACAAACUGGAAUUCAAGGGUGUCGUGAGCGUGACCAUGGACUUGCUACAGCUGGAUAUCAACCAGUGCGACGAUAAAUUCAAUGUUCCCAACGCGUUCAUGGGGACACACAAGUGCGACAAAAAAUCUUCAUACUGCGUACCGAUAUUGGGACGUGGCUUCGAUAGUGGUGGCUACAAGUGCGAAUGCAAACAGGGAUACGAGUACCCACUGGAGGAUCUGAUAACGUAUUACGACGGACAACUGGUCGAGGCUGAGUUCAACAAUGUCAUUUCUGGCAAUCAGACGAGAUAUGACAUCUACAAAUGCCGUCUGGCCGGUGCAGCUUCUGUGCAGUUCAGCUGGGUAUUGCUGUUAUUAACGAUGUCUUUGUUCUUCCCCUUCUAUCGCAGAUAGAGAAAAGAAAGAGAGUAAGCUUAAAGCGUGUCUUUGUAUUUUUACGAUGAUACGACUUUAAUUGGAAAGUUAGUUCGACCUUAGCCUUAUGAGUGCGAGAAUCCACGUAGUCAUAUCGCUACGAACUUAUUGUAAACAUUCAUCGGUUAUAUUCUUCCUUGGAAGAUAUGAAUCCGUCCACUUUGAAUAUAUUUUAUAUAGUUUUAACGAAAAAAAAUACCACAUCAUGUUUUGCAGUUGAUAAUAAUGCGUGAUAUAAAUUCUAUCGACAAACGCCUUAGUGCUAUGUAAAGAAUCUCAGAUAACGAACGAUUUUAUUGUGUUGAAUGACAAUAAGUAUGUAUUAAUUUUUGUAGAUACGUUGGUUUUCUAUAAAAUGUUAGGUGCCUUUACUGAUUCCAAAGCGGUAAUCGUUGCAUAUGAUGUAAGAUAAUUUUAAUUUACCGAAAGAUUAGUAUAAUGCGAUUAUUGCAAACUUUGUGAACCAACUGCCUGAGAAAAUGCCUGACUCUAUUAUUGUAGGUUUGCGUGUAUUUUAUAGUAAUUUAUAAAGACAUUUAUGAAGAUUUCAAAUCUACUUCAGAGUAAAUUUUAGCUAAACGUAGAUCAAUUUAUCGGUUUUCGUACAGUCGAUCCGUCCAUUAUUAUAACAACAUGUACUCCGUCCAAUGAAGUUCAAAUUUUUCAAAGAAAUAUUUGUGCACACGUUAUUUAAUAAAAAAUAUAGUGUAAAAUUA